GAAGUUCUGAGUGCUGGUCUUCAGCCCUGACGUCUACCGAACAUCUGCCUGCCCACCCGGUGUCUUGGGUACCGGUAACGUAGCCAAGAAAUUCUGCUUCUUACAGAAGUAUUUUAAUUUUAGAGCACCCAUAUCAAUCAUAAAAAACCACUUAGAUAGAUUUUGUACAACUUAAAUAGAAGGUUUAAGUUCAGAAACUCCAAAAUAUUGUAAUAUUAUGGAAAAUGACAUUUUAGAUGCUUUUAAAGAUAUCGGAUAUGACAAAAUAAACUCAGAGAAGCUUGAAAGUGCUAUAGCGGAAGGGCCAAAGUCCGUAGAAUAUACUCGACUUGUUGAAUGGCUUUCAAAAGAGCUUAAGUUUUUGUGUUCAUUGGAUGAACAUGUAAAUGCUAUAACCAGCGCAGAUGAUUCAAGCUCGUUUUUGCUAGAAGUUAGCAGUUUUCUCAAGGAGUUAGGAUGCCAGUACACGAUACUGACAGAAGGGAAUGUGAACCAGAGGCUGCAGACGCGAGGGAAUCGCUUGCUGCUCCUGGACUUUCUUCUGAGCGAGCUCCAGGCCGCCCGGAUGGUCCGGAGCAACAAGCCGGACCCUAGCUCCAACAUGGAGGUAACCCUACAGGAGAGCUCCACAGCAGCCGAUCUGAAGAAUCUUCUCAUUGCUCUCACAUUUCCCAAACCACCGGCUAACAUCACUCCUGAGAUAUUGUUUGGCAAAGUAUUAGUCAAAAUGAAGGAGAUAACCGGUAAAGUGACCCCAGCUCGUGUAGGCAAGCCAAUAUUCACUGGUGUGCUUUCAGACAAGCAGUGGCACCAGAUACAGGAACUUCAGACCGAGCUGCACAAGGAAUAUCGAAUGCGUCGAGAAAUGUUGUUGAAACGAUUGGAUGUGACAAUACAGUCAUUUCAGUGGUCCGAACGAUUGAAGAAUCAGCAAGACCGUGUGGUGGCAGUGUACGGAAGUAAACGCAACGCCAUGAAGGUAGAACCUAAUGUAGACCUUGCUGAUCUGCUAGCAGCUAGAGACGACUUAGCUAUCCUUGAAAAGACAUCAAAUGCCUCAGUCCGCAAAAAUACUCAGUCUUCCAUAAACAAAGUGAUGAUAGGAAUGGUACCUGACAGAGGAGGGAGGCCAAGUGAACAACAAGCUCCUCCCCCCGAGAUGCCAAGCUGGCAACAGAGACCAGGUGGUGGUGGCGGCGGCGGUGGUGGGAGAGGAGGUUAUGGAGGAGGAGGAGGAGGAGAUCGUGGUGGUCGAGUCCAAGGUGGUUGGAAUCAAGGAAAUAGUGGUGGAGGCUUCCAAGGAGGUGGUUAUCAGAAUAGGGGAGGGUUUUCUGGAUCAUACCAAGACCAAAGGGGUGGCAAAGGAGGAUAUCAGGACAGAGGAGGUUAUCACGACAAUAGGGGAGGGGGUUAUCAAGACAAUAGGGGAGGAGGUUAUCAAGACAAUAGGGGUGGUUAUCAAGACAAUAGGGGCGGGGGAUAUCAAGAUAGAAGUGGAGGGUAUCAAGACAGAGGGGGAGAACGGAAUUACCAUGGUGGUGGGGGCAGAGGUCGGGGUGGUGGACGUGGAGGAAGAAGAGAUCAUUAUUGAACAUCACAAAACUAAUACGAGUAUAUGUAAAAAAAAUGACUGAAAACCCAUUUUUAUUUAUUAUCUGCCUGUAGUAAUUUAUAUGAAUUAUCUGUUGCAAAUAUUCUAACGUACAACUAAUUAUUUACUUUUCUUCAAUGAUAUUAUUGUUCAGGAACCUGUUUUUUUAUAUAAUUUAUAAAGUUGUAUUAUUUAUAAAAUAAAGAGCAAGAUACGUUGGUAUGUUUGAUGCAAUCUAAA